AUGCAUAAUAAGGAGAAUUGCUCGCCCUCCUCCAAUGGCGGAUUUGGCGCCACCGCCACCUGUCAAAUGCAGUCAAACGGCGGCGUCUUCGAUUCAUUGUACUCAUCGCUGUUCAGCGACGAUCCGUCUCCUUCAUCAGCCACCUGCAACAAUGGCGGUGGCGUCUCGCUUCACCCGUACGAAGUCUUGAAAUACACCACCGACUCGGGAAUUCAGAAGCACCAGGACAUGGUGAACCGCCACAGCAUGUGCCUCAGCCGCCUCGUGGAAACUUCCAGGGAGCUCGAAGGCCUGCGAAAAGAGAACUUGCAGCUUCGCGAUCUGAACCUGGUGCUGCAGAAGAGGCUGAGCCUCUUCAUGCUGGAGAAUCGAUUCGGAAAUACGACGCCGUUUGAUCUUGCGCAGGGGUUCGGCGGCCUCGACAUUGGUAAAGAGAACAUGUACGCCGAUUGGAACAAUAUUAAUGAGAAUAAGGAGCAGGAGGUUUUGGAAGAUAGUCCAACUAGCGUGAUUGAGAACAAUGGUGUUGAAGUGGAGCGAUUCUCUCUGCCAAAAAGCAUAUCUGUGAGGUCGAACGGUUACUUGAAGAUGAUGUCUCAGUGUAUGGGUGCUGGUGUUGGUGCUGGUGCCAGCAAUGGAAGUCGCACCAAGGGGACUACUCGCUCACGCAUCUCAUCGACUACUCCACCUGAUGUUGUUCAAAAGGUACAUGUGCGUGGAGGGAAUAAGGAGGAAGAGCCUCUUGAGAUGGUGGUGUAUAAUCAAGGAAUGUUCAAGACAGAGCUGUGUAACAAAUGGCAGCAGACUGGGACAUGCCCAUACGGUGACCAUUGCCAAUUUUCUCACGGUAUUGGGGAGCUCCGCCCAGUCAUCCGCCACCCACGCUACAAAACUGAGGUCUGCAGGAUGGUCCUUGCUGGGGUUGUAUGUCCAUAUGGCCAUAGAUGUCAUUUCCGCCAUGCUCUCACUGAAGAAGAGAAAGCCAUAGCAGAGAGUAAGCCCAGAUAA